AUGACGCAAUUCUUGAAGUAUGCUUCAAGUUUGAGUGGCGGAAAUAUAAGUUGCGUAAUAUUCAAUUGUUAUGUCUACUUGAGUGAUGUACAUUUAACCUCGAUUGCUGAAAGGACUCCAAAUCUCAAAAGGUUAGUGUUUCCCAUAUCUGGCAACAUAUCAAAAAUUGGAAUAGAAACUGCAAUGAGAUCUUGGAGAGACCUUCAGUCCAUUACAAUUACCUCAGUUGUGCAUCAUUUUAACAUUUUUGAAGCAAUCAGAAAAUACUGCAAGAACAUUGUUAGCUUAAAGAUCACAGGUGGUUUUGAACAAUAUGAAGCUAGGGCAUUGGUUAAAUGCACUCCAAAUCUAAAGGUUUUGAGUAUUCGAAAGAUGAAAGUUAACAUGGGAGGUUUAUGUCACGUGCUUAAUAACUUGGAACAUUUGGAGGUGGUAAACUUAAGCCAUAGUCUUAUUGUGGAUAAAGUGGACGGUGCGUUUCAUUUAUACUCGAUUGAUGAUGUGCUAAGUCGUGUCAAUAUCUCAUGCAAGCUUAUCACUUGUCAAAUAACAACAAGCCAUAGGUGCAAGAAUCCAUUUGCGAGAAAUCCAAGAAGAAUGCCACAUGGAUCCUUGGAAAAUAUUUGGCGUGAAGAUGAGAUAAGCUCUCUUUCACAUUAG